GUUACAUUAUGUGCACACACAAUUAAGGUGUAAAUUUUCUUCAAAUCGUAGACACCUCUCUCCCCCUCUCAUCUCUCAUCGACCAUGUCCGAUAACAAGAGUUGUCAACUCUUCUUCUUCAUCAUCUUUCAUCUACUCGUACCACCAAUUUUUGCUGCAAAUUCCUCAGACAUAUCCUAUGAAAUCGAGCCAUUUAUUAGGGUUUACAGAAAUGGUAGCGUUGUCAGAUUAAUGGGAACCGAAACCGUUCCACCAUCGCUCGAUCUCAAGUCUAGGGUUCUCUCCAAAGACAUCAUCAUCGACCCUUCUCUCAACAUCUCAGCAAGACUCUAUCUACCCAAAACCGCCGCCGCCGCCACCUGCAAACUUCCUCUUCUGGUCUACUUCCACGGUGGCGCGUUUUUCACCUCAUCGCCCUUCACCCCCGCCUACCACAACUACCUAAACUCCGUCGUCGCCAAAGCUAACGCCGUCGCGGUGUCCGUUAAUUACCGCUUAGCCCCCGAGCACCCUCUCCCCGCCGCCUAUGAAGAUUCCUGGCUUGCCCUAAAUUGGGUUUUCUCUCAUUCCGGUGAGGGCGGCGGCAGCGAGGAAUGGCUCCGAAACGACGUCGAUUUCGAGCGCGUUUACUUGAGCGGAGACAGCGCCGGCGGCAACAUCGCCCACAACGUGGCGGUCCGGGUCGGGUUGGAGAAAAUGGGUCGUGACGACCCGGGCGUUAUGAUCCGCGGGUUGUUUCUGAACUGCCCGCAUUUUUGGGGGCAGGUCCGAAUUGGGAAUGAAGCGAGUGACCCUAAAAUGGUGGCUGCGGAGGAUAGUAUAUGGGUCCAUGCAUACCCGAAUUCGACCGGGUUUGACGACCCGCUGUUGAACCCGGAUUACGACCCGAAUCUGUGGAGGUUGGGGUGCAAAAAAGUGGUGGUUUAUGUUGGUGAGAAGGAUAUAUUGAGAGAUAGAGGAUUGGAAUACACGAAGGCGUUGAGGAAGAGUAAGUGGGAAGGAGUGGUGAAGGGUGUGGACGUGAAGGGGGCUCCUCAUGUUUUCAAUCUGCAAUUUCCCAAAAGCAAGGAUGCACACAAAAUGUUGAACCAUUUCGCAUUGUUUCUCAAUGAUAAAGAGAAAUUUAGAGUGAGAGUAACUAAAAAGUAAGAAUCAUAUAUGUCGAUGUCGAUCCCAACUCAAUAAUGUCAAUCUUUCACAAUGUAUCAUGUGCCUGCACUGCAUGAUCACUUGUCUUGUUCCUUUGAUUGCAGAAAAUCAAUGCUAAUAAUUAAGUACGCAUGUGUUUGUGUGCGCUAGCUAGUUGAUGUGAUGAAGGAAAUAAAUUGGGUUUGUUUUGGUGCUAGUUUGCUACUAUGUAAUGUAAUUAAGGAGUGAAAUUAGGUGGACCUCAAAAGAAAAAGAGAGUGAAAUUAGUUGGGAAUUUUGGCGUGUGUUUAAUAUUGUGC